AUGUCAGAAACUACUAAAACAACUACGACGACAACAACAACAACAACAAAUAGUAGUGAUAAUUAUAAUAAUAAUAAUUCAGAAAUUGAUAAUAGUACAGAUAAUUUAGAACAACCAACAGUUGAAGGUGGUGAUAUAGAGGAUUUAUCAAAUUAUAUAUUAUCAAAGAUUGAUGAAUCUAGUACAGCAACAGGUAGACCUGCAAGAAAAUAUUCAGAACAAGAUACAUCAACACCAGAAUGGUUUGAGCAUAAGAAACAUUUUUUCAUUCUAUCAUUCUCUGGUAAACCAAUUUAUUCAAGAUACGGUGACGAAGUAGCAUUGAAUACAUUUAUGGCAUCAUUGAGUGCAAUGAGCUCAUUUGUAGAAUCAUCAAAUGAUGAACUUCGUUAUAUUACUGCAGGCAAAUACCAAUUUGUAUUCAUUCAAAAGAAUCCAUUGAAUUUGGUUUGCAUUGCAAAUACUGGUGAACCCUAUCAAAUGAUCAAACAACAAUUGGAGUACAUUCAUGCACUAAUCAUUAGUGUCUUAACACAGUCGAAUAUCAAAGCUGUAUUUGAAGCAAAAUAUGAUCUACGUGACCUCUUGGGUGGCACUGACAAAUAUUUAGAUAACUUUAUUCAUCAAACAAAUUCCGACUUUUCAAUACUUUUAAAUUCUGUAAAUUGCCUUCGUUUAAAUAAUAAUAUCAGAAAUUCAAUAACAAAUAUAUUAUCAAAUCGUAAAUGUGAUUCAUUAUUAUUUUCAUAUUUAAUAUCAGGUAAUAAAUUAAUUAGUACAGUUAAACAUAAGAAAACACCAAGUUUAAAGAGUCAAGAUAUUCAUAUUGUUAUGAAUUAUGUAUUAUCAACAUCAUCAUUUAGAGAGAGUGAAUCAUGGAUACCAAUUUGUUUACCAAAUUAUAAUGAUUCUGGAUUUUUACAUUUAUAUAUUUGUUAUUUAUAUAGUGAUGUUUGUUUGUUACUAUUUUCAAAUCAGGCUGAAUCAUUCUAUCAAAUGAAUGAGAUUAAAACAUUGGUUUCAAAAGAUAUGGAACAAGAAUCACUUGUUGAUGAAUUAAAUAGAGCGGUGGCAUUACAUGAUUAUACAACUGCAUUUACAGAGGUUCCCAAUUUGUUACACUUUCUAUACAAGAAUAGAAGUAGCAAUUAUUCAACGUAUCCGGUAUUUUCACCACCUUAUUCAAUUCAUAAAAAAGAGAAGAAGAGAUUGUUUAGACUCUACCAACAUAUUAUAAAUCAUGUGAACAAUAGUUCAAAUAAACCUCAUAAAUACUAUUAUCAUACAAGUGCCACUGAAACUAUCAUUGUUGCUAUCUCAAAUCAUCAUGAACUUUAUGCAACUUUUUCACCAUUAGAAAAUAAAAAAAAUGUUUUUGAAUCUUUUACUUUUUUACUUCAAUGGAUUACAAAAGAUAAUUCAAUUAUAAUUCAAUAA